AUGGACGACCGACUCCCCCCAGAUCAGAAAGCGCGCCUGCACGAGGUUGCCGACCUCAUGCUGGAAAUCUACCACACCCUCGCCCAGAUGCGCUAUCUCGACCCAGCAGGGAUCGAACAAGGCCCACAUAACAUCGACCAUCUGCGCCCAUUGUAUGAAAAGCUGAAGAUUGAUCCCGCCAUCAUCUAUCUCUACAGCAUCCUUCCCUAUGUGAACCGUCAUGUUGCUGGCAACGAGCAUUUCUUCCACGGCGGUGCAUUCACGGAUUUCCGCCGCGAGGAAGACGUGAUGCAGGGUCGCGAUCCAUUCUACGGCUGUCCUGUCGGUGAUGACUACGAGGAUGAAAAUGGGCCGUACAUUCGGCCGUGGGUGACCCCGUUAUCGCAGCUGGGAAACCACCAGAGCGUGAUCAUGUACGAUGCGCGGCGGCAUCGGAUUUGGAUUAUUGACCAGGAACUGUGGAGCACUACUGAUCCUGCGCUGGCGGACGGACCAGUCAUCUACUCUGAUGAUUCAGACGAAGAGAAGGAACCAGAGGAGAAAAGUAAGAAUCGCAACAGCUUCGAGUCUAAACCUAGUCGUCGCGCUGGGGACGUUCUGCGCGAUAUUGUCCGCUGGUAUCGUUCACUGGAUGAGCUACCUGGUAGCGAGCAUUGCGCAGGUGAAUGGAGCCGGCAGGAUGUACCCCUGAAAGAGUUGUACCGCGAGUAUGGUUGGCCGGAUAAUUUCGACGGGGAUGGCUUUCAGGUUGCCCAAGCGAGGGCGCACUGUGCAGCUAUCGCCAAGAACACGGCUGAAGAGCCACUGCGAUCCGUGGAGAGAUUCAAGCUCUGGGAGCAGCGUGCAGAGGGCCGCAUUUCUGCACAUCAAGCUGAACUUGCGGUGGCCAAGUCUACGGAUGAGGAGUGGGCGGCGCGUUUCAAGCUGUGGAGAGAAGAGAUAUGGUCUGCGAGGAACAAUGAGUAUCUCACCGGGGCUGAACAAGAAGCAGAAAGGCUGUGUCCGGGGGGAGUAUGCCAGAGAAAGGAAGAUCUCCCUCUCUGGGAACUGGAGAAGCUUCGGCAGGAGUACAGGUCGAAGCGGGAGAAAGUGGAAGCGUGUCAAAACUGGGCGAAUGAGUCUGCUGAUACUGACCCCGACCGUGCGCGAUAUCACCAGAUCAGCCUCCAGCAGGCAAAGAGGGAGGCAGCUAUCUAUCAAAAGGCAUACGAAGCGGCCCUAUCAGAGGCAGAACGACUUUGUCCGGGGAGGACGUUUCAAUCUGCGACCGGAAAUGCCUCGCUCGGCAGAGUGGAUACAGUCACUAGUAUUCGGGAUCAAAAAGCCAGUAUGGGCAUGAUGGAGCGCGAACUUGAAGCCCUUAGAGAUUGGGCCCUACAAUUACCAGACGAGGCUGUACAGGCCAAAAAGCUUGUGGAAGACGAGGUAGAAAGCCGCGAACGGGCAAUUAAAUUCGGAAAGGAAAUGAUACAGCGGGAUGAAGCGUCUUUAGCAAAGCAUGGCAAUCAAGAUUGA